AUGCCAAAAGCAAUAUUCCUCCAGUCCAUCGACGGCAAACCAGGCAAACCAGGUCAAGUCUACUAUCCCAUUGUCCAAAGAACUGUACCCCCACCAACAAUCAAUGGCAGCGAACUCAUCAUCAAACUCUCCGCGGCAGCCCUGAACCACCGCGACUUAUUCCUGCGCCAACACCUCUACCCAGGCCUAUCAUUUGAUGUGCCCAUGCUAGCAGACGGCGUCGGCACAGUCAUUGAACUCGGCCCAACCGUCCACGACAAAUCCUGGAAAGGCAAACGCGUAAUCAUCAACCCUGGAACGGGCUGGAAAGAUCACCCUGAUGGGCCCGAGGAUCCAGCUGGCUACAAAAUCUUUGGUGGUACAAAGUUUGAUCGUAGAGGCACGUUACAGGAAUACGUGACUGUGGAUGAGUCUGAGGUUGAAGAGGCGCCGUCAUACAUGUCCGAUGCUGAAGCUGCUGCGCUCCCAUUGACGGGGUUGACUGCGUGGAGGGCACUUAUCACGAAAGCUGGGGAGAGGAAUUCGACAAAGGGGUCUGCUGUGUUGGUUACUGGUAUUGGGGGCGGUGUUGCGCUCAUGGCGCUGCAGUUUGCGGUUCAGAGGGGAGCGGAUGUUUAUGUGACGAGUUCUAGUCAAGAAAAGAUUGAUAAGGCUAUUGAACUAGGUGCAAAGGGUGGUGUGAAUUAUAAGGAGGCGGGUUGGGAGAAGAAGUUACUUGCUCAAUUGCCACCGGGGAAAUUGGCGUUUGAUGCUAUUAUUGAUGGGGCGGGCGGCGAUAUCAUCGAGAAGGGAGUUAGAUUACUCAAGACCGGCGGCGUGAUAUCGGUCUACGGAAUGACGGUCUCCCCCAAAAUGAACUUUGUAGCACAAGCCUUUCUCAAAAACAUCGAUGUACGAGGCUCAACGAUGGGUUCACGAAAGGAGUUCAAAGACAUGGUAGACUUUGUCAAGUCGAAUGAGAUACAUCCUGUUGUUUGGAGAGUUCUCAAGACGAGUCUUGAUGAUAUUGCUGGCAUUGAUACGCUGUUUGAUGAUAUGAAUGCUGCGAAGCAAUUUGGGAAAUUGGUGAUACAUUUUGGAGACGCGACAGGGGAUAGCAAGCUGUAA